AUGCCCACGGCUUCCAUGAGGGCCUCCCUGUCCUCAGUACGGGCCGGUUCUGCCCACUCCUACUGCCGAGGAAAUACGGGUAACUUGCUUCUCCCACGCACCGACCGCAGCCGUCGGCACCUUGCUGCUUUUGUGGGCACACCGCCUGGGGCUCCCAUUCUCGAACCGUGCCCCGUCCCUUUCUUGGUUGACGAAUGGCUGCAUGGGCCGCUCUUGCAUGCUCGGCUUGCCGCCACCUUGGGCUUCCCUGCCGGUGUCUUCUCUGUCUCAGCCAUCCGUGGGGUCCUUCCCGGCCUGCCAAGUGAGCAGCUCCUUCUCACUCCGGCUACCUGUUCAUGGCGUCAAGUCUGGCUGCCGGUUGACCUUCGGCCGCUGGGAGGCCGCAUCUGCAUGCUUAUGUGCCCCCGUGACUCUACAUGCAGGGCCAUUGCGGUCCUCGCUCUCGCCGCUCAGACGCUGCAGACUGAGGUUGACCUUCUGCUUGCUAAGUGCUCCUGGGGAUGGUUGACGCUUAUGUCCCAGCCCCUCCUUUUGCAGGACGUCGACACUCUGCAAUUCCAGAUUGGCCCAGCUGCGGAUGCGUUGCAAGGACCUGUCGGUUCCUCCUUGGACCCGCCCCUUUCGUUGUUCUCGGCCAUGCAGGUGAGCCUCCCGACGGCACCCUCAGCCCACGAAGCCUUCCCGGGUCACUCACAUAACCAAGCUGUUCUCAUCACCCCUAAUGGACUGGUCUAUGUCGAAGCCCCCGUGUUUGCUGACGCAGCCACGUUUCGGCGUAUUGUCCUCACCAGCAGUGUCCCGAUUGUUGUCAUGUUCUUCCCACAUGUCUUCCGUCAAGAUUCCUCCUCCUCCUCGGAGGACCAGGUAGGUGGCUGGGACACCCCGGGUACUUCUGACACUAUUUCGGCGUUGCAGCACACCCUGUUGCCCUCCCCUGCUAGGGCUUCCACGUCUACCGCCUUGCCCGCAUGUACUGGAGUCACCCCGUCUGAGUUUCUCAAUACCUCCCCUCCCAGUGCCAGGGAGCCGGCUGCCGAGCCUGACUCUGCUUCCUCAUCGGCCGUUAGCCAACUCAGCGGCACGCGGGGUAUUCUCUUGACGGCUUGUGUGCUGCGUGGGCUGCAUCAUGACAUCGGGGGACUCCUUGCCUGGGGUGCGUGCCUCGUCAUCUCCUGUGGGAUGCCUGGUAAUGCCGUCCAGAUGCACAGUGCACCUGCCACUCCGAGGGAUGUUGUGGUUUCAGCUAGCAGGGCUCCCGACCGUCAGGUGGCAGCCCCAGCCGGUGCCCACACGCAUUUACAGGCCAGGUGGCUUCAGGUUGGCGACUUUGGCGAUGGGCCGCUUUGGUCAGCUCUUCCCUCCGCCAGUGAGGUGUUCCUCAUCACCUGCCGCCUUUGGUGGCCCGGAUCUUCGGUCCGCCUUGAGUUUUCCAACACUGAUAGUGCUCGCGACGCUGCAGCCGAGCUAUACCGUCAGGCCAUCCGACUUGGUCGCCCCCAGAUUGACUACAGUGCUGAUCAUGUUAUUGCGGCUGCGCAGACCGCGGCUGCUUCGGCUGACGUCCAGAUCCUUCGGGGCACUGCCCAUCGGCUUCGCCAAGGUGACGUGGUAAGAGUGCUUGUCAGCGCAGAGGCGCGCACCCUAGACUUUUCAGCCUUUGUUCUUCCACAUCAUGCUGGCACUGCCUCGCGCUGGCUUCAGGAAGGUCGGAUCGUGUCGCUGCUCCACCCUGUCGCAGGUGUGUUAUCCUUCGAGGUCCCGCGUGCAUGCGACCUUGAUGCUUCUGUGCUGGGUGCGCUGCUGCGCAGCGUUACCCCAGGCCAGCAUGUCUUCGUUGAGCUGCCCGGAGCUGACCUUCUCCCUCAUGCCGCCUUCGUUGCUGCCUUCCCUGGCCAGGAUUGUGUCACCUAUCGGUUGACAGAUGCGUCCGACCCCUCCGCUGUGGGUCUACACUUGGCCUUCUCUGGAGUCUUUGAGUCUUUCCCGGCCUUCCUGGAAAGCCUUCUCCGCAGCAACCGUCCCGCCGCGGCUCUGCUUCGGAGGUUGCAGCCCUUCGGCCUUUCUGUUCUAACCUGGGAAUGCACUUCCUUUCCUGGUCGGGCUGACUGUCGGUACUGGCAUGUUCACGUGCAGGCUGACUUCGCACGGGCCCGGGAGCACCUUUUGAGCAUCAGCUGGGAGCCGAGACUUGUUCGCACGCCUCCGCCCCUUCCUCCCCCUAGGACUCGGGUUUUCCAUAGCAUAGGUUCCCAAACUAAUGCCCCCUUCAUCUCUGCCAGCACGCCGGCUGCUGUACUCCAGGCACCUCCGUCUAUUUGCGGUGCCGGCGUUACACCCGACUCUGCGUCCGAACUCGUGGACCUCUGGUGCGAUGCAUGGCACGUCAAGUGUUUGGUUGCCUGUUUGCCUGGAUUCACUGUAUGGGCUCUUCGAGAAGGGAGCCGACUCUACGGCAUGUGCACCCCUGCCCCCUCCUGGGAAGCCGUCGCACAGGCCCUAUCCCUGUCCCUCUGGGAGCUCCCACAGACGUUUCUGUCCAGCGACAGCCGUGUUUGGCCGUUCCCACGUGACCUCACAGGUGUCGCGAUGCAGUGUGUCAGCGUCGGGUACGACUCUCCCGAAGGGGUUUCCCAAUUGGUGCGCAACUGCGAGGCCGACGCCUAG